AUGGCUCCACCGUUACACUACCCUUCCAGACCGAAAGAUGUCGAUGAGAUCCUCUCACGGCUGACUAAUCCUGCCUGUGACAAGAAAGAAAAGGCCGCCUUGCAAGCCCUCGUCUCAUCGAUGAUUGACCGAUUUCGUGAUCAAGGUCGUCCAAGUCACUAUUUCGAAGCGUCGCGUCUGUCACCAGCAACGACGGAAAGACAAUACAACCAGUUGACUCAAGUUUUCGCGCAUGCGAUCGUGAACAACGCCGACAAAGGCACCGCUUUGGACCAAGAUUUGCUUCCCAGUUUCGUCCAUAUUCUCCACAGUCGCCCUGAGGGGUAUCCACGCCAUGGGCCUUUUGCAGCUGUUGAUGGUCUGCGCAAGAGACUGGACUGGGCGGAUCGGGAGAACGCUUUGACUGCUCAAUACAUCCUGUGCCAUUCACUAGGCGCCUUGCUAGAUGUCGCGGUCGAUAUCAAAGCCUCGGAGGUCGAUAAAGAAUCUCUGAGAGACCCACUUCUCAAGCAACUCAGAAGGUUGAAGGAUAAAGACGAGCCACGGUUGGCCCAGGCAGCUGCAUACGCCUUCGAAGCCCUGCAAGGAGUGUCAGACAAUCAAGGACCCUGGGACAUCUUUUGGAAUACCAGUGGCACGGUGCUUGCAUUGGCAGCAAAGACAGCUGGAGCUGUCUCAGCCAUGAAUCCGGAAAAGCUACUAGAGGCAGGUCCAAACCUGAUGGAAUUAUUGGAGUGGUUCAAGAAGAUCUAUGGCGAGGGCAGAGAGAUGGUGGAAGCUAUGAAGAAUAUGGAUCAAGUGUUUGUUGAAAACAUCCAGAGACUACCAAAGCAAAGAAUCUGGUAUGGCGUGCUGCGUUACACCGGGUUGCUCAUCGCUGCUGAGGGCAGCUCUUUUGACACACUCAAUCAUAUACUGGCGAAGGUGCCUUGCGGAGAUAAUUGGCAGUUCUGGUGUGGCCUUUAUGCUCAACUUGAGCAGAGUUAUUUAAGAGGGGACGAACAGACCAAGGAGAAGAUCAUCAGUCUUACUCAUACGACUUUAUCGUUGCCAUCCUUGCGCAAAUCUGAAGCAAAGGAGCCACAUGUUCAGCACUGGAUCAAUUUGAUCUCAGAGACCUUUGGCCAUGGUAAUUGGAAAAAAUCUUCACCAAAGGCACACCGAUCGUUUCCGCUAUGCUUUCUCAAGAAGAAAACACGGGAGCCACAACUGAACAAGCCCUUCGAUCCUAUUACGACUGAAACUACUAGCGCAGGGCUGCUAACUGAUGCAUGGUGCUCCUGCAAGGAAGCCCAAAGAUUCUACGCCGAUGCUGCAUUAGUCGGGCACUACUUACAACAAAACAGACUCAAGAUACUUCGCCUGUCCAAUGACAUAUUAGACAUUGGGAAUUGUUACAUAAAUCUUGGUAUCGUUGAGGCUUCUUCAGAGCCACAGAGCCAGGAAUAUACUAAAUGUUCCCUCCGUGAGCGUCUGAAGAUUGAAGCCCCACCCCAGGGGAAAGCAAUUGAGUUAGGAGAGCUCUUUAACACUCGUGAGUUGCGAAGUCACAAAAGUUCGUGUGAUGGCCAGCAGGGGAUACCGAAGCGCAUACUGAUCAGAGGUCGUGCUGGAAUUGGAAAGACAACCUUGUGCAAGAAAAUUGUUCACGACUUCAUCAACGGCAAACUUCCGUCCUGGCAAUUUGAGCGAGUGCUAUGGAUACCACUACGCAAGCUGAAAGAGAAUCCAAGUAUCGAGAACUUUCUCCGACGUGAAGUUUGGUCAACGCAUGCAGAGAAGGAACAUUUUCUUGGCGUUCUUCUGGAGACAAUUUUUGAUCCUGCAGACAACAGAACUCUCUUACUACUCGACGGGUAUGAUGAAAUCGUCAGCGAGAAGACACCCAGUGGGGAUCUCGUGAAGUCGCAGCAAGUCUUGGACCUUCUCAAUCAACCGAACGUUAUCAUCACUUCUAGGCCACAUGCGAACUUCGACAGUCUAAUAGAGGCAUUUGACCUUGAGCUUGAGACUGUUGGCUUCCGCCCUGAUCAGGUGAAUUCGUACGUGGACCGGGUUGUCAACGGCAAUGGCGAAAACAAACAAUCUGCCAUUGAAAUCACGAAUUUCAUCAACAGCCACUGGUUAAUCAAAAGCCUGCUUCAAAUUCCUAUUCAGCUGGAUGCCUUGUGCUUUGCCUGGAAUGAUCGGUUCAAUUCAAAUACCAUGAGAACGAUGACUGAGCUGUACCAGGCAAUUGAAGUGAAACUGUGGAAAAGGGAUAUGAUGCCGUUGACCAAACUAAGUGAAAACCAGGUCAAUAAUAUCUAUUUGCGGUCGCAAAUUGAACAUGAGAUCCCUGAUCAUAUUGACCUGGUGCAGAAGCUUGCAUUCAGUGGUCUCUAUAACGGAAUUGCCGAGUUCACGCGUGACCAUUUGAGGGAAUUAUACACACAACUUCCCGGAAUGGCAGGUAAAUCAGACAACAUGCUGAAUGACCUCUCCUUUCUUCGAACUUCUCACUUCGCAGAGAAUGACCGAUACCGAACCUAUUACUUCAUCCACAUGACCUUUCAAGAGUUCUUCGCUGCUCAUUACUUUGCACACAGUUGGAUAAAUGAUACGCAGUUGUACUGUGUUGAGAUGAAAUCGGCCGAACUUCAUGGCCUAAACUUGACAGACUUCGUACACCGCGAGAAGUAUAAUGCUCGCUAUAACAUCAUGUGGCGGUUUGUAGCAGGACUUCUCAGCAGUCAGAGCCAAGAAAUGCUGGUUCAAUUUAUACAAGUAUUGGACAGCGAGCCGAGAGAUCUACUGGCGGCUGCCCACCCCGGCAUUAUGAUGUAUUGCUUCAACGAGCUAUCUCCUACUCCUCCAAAUCCUGCUCUGCAGCGGAUAAAGCGCAGAAUGGAGGAUGGACUUUAUGAUCUUCUGACUGCAAGAGUUGUCCCGGACCGACAAGAUGCUCUCGAUGCAUUGUACCUCCUUCUCAAUGAUGAAGACGCGAAGGUUCGGGAACACUCCGCUCGUGCAUUGCAGUCGCGAAAGACGUUACCGCGGAAAGUUCUUAACUCCUUGGCGUUUCGGAUGAUAAAGGAUGAGGACACUAAGGUACGAGAAGCGGCAUUCAAAACAUUGGUAAAGCAAUACGUUGGGCAAGACCAACCUCAUGAGCAACAAGGCAUCCUUGAUCUAUUACGCAGAAGGUUGAAUGAUGAGGAUGUGGAGGCUAGAAGGUCCUCUGUCAAGAUCCUGGGAUCACAAAAGACUUUCCCACCGAGCAUCCUCGACUCCCUUGCGCACAGAAUGAUAGCAGAUAAGGACAUCAGUAUAAGAAGUGCGGCAAUGGAAGCAUGGGGAAUACAUGCCAGUCGGUCCGAGAACAUUGUCGACAGUGUUAUUCCUUUCCUCGCUGAUGGGAAUCCACAUAUUCGCUCAGCUGCGAUUAGAUUCAUUGCGGCACAGCCGAUCCCUUACCACCAUAUGCAGUAUUUGGUGUCGAAACUAGAGGGUGGUGACCUGUCGGAACAUGAGAUUGUCCUCGACAUAUUCUCCAGAUACUCUCGUCACUCCAAGCUAUGCAAUGGGAUCUUGGAAGCGUGGGGAAAACAUGCCAGUCGGUCCGAGAACAUUGUCGGCAGUGUUAUUUCCUUCCUCGAUGAUGGGAAUCCACAUAUUCGCUCAGCUGCGAUUAGAUUUAUUGCGUCACAGCCGAUCUCUGACCACUAUAUACAGUAUUUGGUAUUGAAACUGAAGGGUGGUGACCUGUCGCAACAGAGGAUUGUCCUCGACAUAUUCUCCAGAUACUCUCGUCACUCCAAGCUCUGCAAUGAGAUCUUGGAAGAGCUAGUCGCAUUCUGCGGGCACGCCGAUGAACAAAAUGCCACAGGUGCUCUGGGUAUCCUUAGACGAUAUCGUAACCUGAGUGAGGAUAUUCUGGAGUCUUUGAUUCCAUUAUUGCAACGAUCCGUGGAAAUAGAAUCUUCCAUAUGGGAGGUUUUCGCGAGUCAGUCCACAUUCCCCGAAUGUGCCACGAAGCCUUGUACAGCCAUGCUGUCCGGCUCCGAUGAUCACUCUCUGGUAAGUUUCGUGAGCUGUGCGUGGAAAUCUGACUGUGUAUUACCAGAUGAUAUUCUGGAAUUGGUGAGCCUACAUUUGCCAGACUCGGAUGUUGGAGUUACGUACGGAGUCGCUAUACUCCUUCGUCAGCACAGACGUUUGACGCCCAAAAUUCUAGAGAUCUUGAUCUCGUUUCUGAGAUCUCCAUUGAAGGAUGUAGUCUCAAGUGCCGAAAGUGCUCUGCGAAAGCACGCUGAGUUCUUUGAUAUGCUUCCAGAUGUCGACUAUGAGAUAUGGAAGACUUUGUUCACUCUAUGGUUCGACUUUAGUUUGCGACAGUUUUGGAGCUGUAUACUUCUGGAAAAUGAACUCAUCAUCACAACGCCUGAACGUUCCCACACAAUUGAAUUGAGUACCCCUCUUCAGAAGCAGACUGUGCUGAAGGCAGCGACUGCCGCUCAAGCAGAGAUUUUAGGGGUGUCUGGUCGCGUCCGGGAGGAAGAUCCCGACGAGUAA